AUGUACGAGACCGACGAUGACCCGCCACAGCUGCCGUUCCGCCUUGAGCUUGCGAUAGAGUGCGUUGUUCUCCUGCCGCAAGAGGUCGAUGACCAUAUCGUGCUGCUCAUCAGCCUGCUUCGGUCAGUCGCCGGACUUGUGGAUGUCAGCGGGCUCUUCGUGAUUCGAUCGCAAACACUCAAUGGCUACUGUGCUGGCAAGGUGCAGAUGCAUCGCUCUCCAGGGGAUUCUUGUCAACUCCGGCUACCAUCAUCUGUCCGCGCCGUCAUCGACCAUCAGGCACCCGUGUUUGCCCGAUGGACGGGCAUGGCGUCAGACACCCGCCGAUUCGAACUGUUCUGUCGGCGGCCUCCUUCUUUACGACUUGUUACCGGCAUGGCUGAGCGCAUCCUUUCCAGAGUCCUGCCCAUCAACAGCGACAUAUGGGACUUCCCCUCAGAUUUGGCAGUCUUCCUACGCCAUCUGCUGCUGUGGGCUGAUAUCAGUGGAGCGGUACUCUGCGGUAGUCUGAUCUACUUGGAGCGGGGUCUUCAGCGGCCACAAAACUCUCCAAUGACGGAGGCGAAUCAGCAUUUGCGCGUCUUGGCGGCGGUUAUUCUUGCUCGGAAAUACCUAGAAGAUGUCACAUACAAAACGUCGUUCUGGACCGGCCUCACAGCCGAGGCAUGCUCAUUUCAUUUCACAGACGAUGAUAUCAAUGUCGCAGAGUGCCGACUUUUGGAAGAUGUAGCUUGGGACUUGAGUAUAGACGGUCAGGAGAUGCACAGAAUGGUACAACUGGUCUGUGGUUCGGGUAGCGUGCCGACGCUACUGAGUCGCGGGCCUAUCUCUGCCCAAGUCUAG